GCCUCCUCUACAACUCUGGCCCCAGGCUGCCCCUGCCGGGAGAGCACAGGAGCCAGGCACACAGAGGCCGGAGCAAGUUUCCCAGGAAGACAGCUGCCUGGAGAGUGGGUUGAGUCUGAGCAGGACUCCCUAACCCACGCCUGGAAGCAGUGACUACUGGUCCGUGUGACCUGGGAAACAUCGCCGGGUGCCUGCGGUUCCCGCCGUGGGUGCAUCCGCUGCAGUCUCCAGAACCCUUGGCAAGGCUCACUUCCUCCCUGCUAAGCUCCAGGUCCUGAGAUCCAAUUGAGGGCUGGAACUUGCUUCACUCCAGCCAUCAUGGGACCUAGGAUAGGGCCAGCAGGCGAGGAGCCUCCCACACCAGACAAGGCCACCAUGCCCUCAGAAGACACAGCUGGAGAGGAUGCCAGCCCAGCCCCUCGGGACUUAAGGCCCAGCGUGUUCUACAACAUCAAGUUCUUCGUCCUGUGCCACAGCCUGCUGCAGCUGACCCAGCUCAUGGUGUCCGGCUACCUCAAGAGCUCCAUCUCCACCGUGGAGAAGCGCUUUGGCCUCUCCAGCCAGACCUCGGGGCUGCUGGCCUCCUUCAAUGAGGUGGGGAACACAACCUUGAUUGUCUUUGUGAGCUAUUUCGGCAGCCGGGUACACCGGCCGCGACUGAUCGGCUGUGGGGCUGUCCUGGUGGCCCUGGCAGGCCUGCUCAUGACUCUCCCACACUUCCUCUCGGAGCCGUACCGCUAUGACCACAGCAACCCCGAGGACACGCCCCAGGACGUCCAGGCUUCCCUGUGCCUGCCCACGACCCCAGCCCCAGCCCUAGCCCUGUCCAACAGCAGCUGCUCCAGCUACACGGAGAACCGGCAUCUGACCAUGGUGGGGAUCAUGCUCACGGCACAGACCCUGCUCGGCGUGGGCGGGGUGCCCAUCCAGCCCUUCGGCAUCUCCUACAUCGAUGACUUUGCCCACCACAGCAACUCGCCCUUCUACCUCGGGAUCCUGUUUGCGGUGACCUUGAUGGGACCAGGCUUGUCCUUCGGGCUGGGUAGCCUCAUGCUGCGCCUUUAUGUGGACAUCAACCGGAUGCCAGAAGGUGGCAUCAAGCUGACCUCAAAGGAUCCCCGCUGGGUGGGUGCCUGGUGGCUGGGCUUCCUCAUCUCUGCAGGCGCAGUAGCCUUGGCUGCCAUCCCCUACUUCUUCUUCCCCAGGGAGAUGCCCAAGGAGAAGCGUGAGCUUCACUUCCGGCGAAAGCUCUUGACAAUUGCAGCAUCACCUGCCAGCAAGGGUGAGGACUCCCCCCCUGAGCAGAGCCUGGGGGAGUCUCAAAAGAAGAAAGAUGGCUUAGCUCAGAUUGCAACAGACCUCACCGUGAUCCAGUUCAUCAAAGUCUUCCCCAGGGUGCUGCUGCGGACCCUGCGCCACCCCAUCUUCCUGCUGGUGGUCCUGUCCCAGGUGUGCAUGUCGUGCAUGGCGGCGGGCAUGGCCACUUUCCUGCCCAAGUUCCUGGAGCGCCAGUUUUCCAUCACAGCGUCCUAUGCCAACCUGCUCAUCGGCUCCCUCACCAUCCCCUCGGCCAUCCUGGGCAUCGUGGUGGGGGGUGUGCUGAUCAAGCGCCUCCACAUGGGCCCGCUGCGCUGCGGCAUCCUUUGCCUGCUGGGGGCACUGCUGGGCCUGCUGCUCACCACGCCCCUCUUCUUCACCGGCUGCUCCGCCCACCGGAUCGAAGGCAUUGCCCAGAGGCCCGCCAUGCAGCCGGAGCCGGGCCUGUUUCCCAGCUGCAUGGAGGCCUGUUCGUGUCCAGCAGAUGGCUUUAACCCUGUGUGUGACCCCAGCACCCACGUGGAGUACAUCACGCCUUGUCACGCGGGCUGCACGAGCCAAGUGGUCCAGGAGGCCACGGACAAAAGCCAGCCCCAGGUUCUCUACACCAACUGCAGCUGUGUGGAGGGGGGCGGCCCUGUGCUGGGGGGCUCCUGCGACUCGGCCUGCAGCUACCUGGUGCUGCCCUUCAUGCUCCUGGUCAGCGCGGGCACAGCAGCGUUCUCCAUCACGCACACGCCUUCCUUCAUGCUCAUCCUAAGGGGAGUGAAGAAAGAAGACAAGGCUUUGGCUGUGGGGAUCCAGUUCAUGCUGCUUAGAGUUUUGGCCUGGAUGCCCAGCCCCGUGAUCCACGGCAGUGCCAUCGACACCACGUGUGUGCACUGGGCCCUGAGCUGCGGGCGCCAAGCUGUCUGCCGCUACUACGACCACGACCUGCUCCGGACCCGGUUCAUCGGCCUCCAGUUCUUCUUCAAAACAGGCACCAUGGUCUGCUUUGCCUUAGUCGUGGCCAUACUGAGGCAGCAGGAUAAAGAGGCGAGGGCUGCGGCCACUGUGUCCGGGCCUGGGUCCAGCCCUGGUCUACAGCAGAAACUGUUGGUAUCGGAGCCAGAGAGGAAGCGCGAGGAUUCCAGAGUGUGAGCUACGCCAGGGCUGGUCCUCUGGGCCCCUCGCCCGAGGCUGGGCGUCCGCAGCCCUGUGUUCUUGUUCCGGAUGCACCACUAAAUCGCUGUGUGAUAUCGGGCGAGCCACUGGCCCUCUCAGGACCGUUGUUUGCUCAUCUGUGCUAAGGAGUUACCGGGAGUCGUUCUAGGGUCUCCCCGCCACCACCCCAUCCUCGGCAGUCCAUAGCCGGCCCAUCAUGCCGGGCCCCAGCCAGCUCCACCGCUCCCCUGGAGCCCCCACUCCCAGCAUCAGCCGCUUCGUGUUUCCCAUGCCCAGGGUCUUGCCACCCCAUAAAGCUGUGACCAUCCCUGUGGUCACCUCCCCGGCCCCUGGCAGCCUUCAAGAAGUGUCUGUUUGGCGCCCCCUGGAGGCAGAGCCCUGAGUUGGCCUCUGAGGGGUGACCCACGGGGAAGAGGGAGCUGGCCUCACCUUCGGGACUUCCGGGAGUGGUGGGGUCCCUCAGGAGGCCUGAGGCAGGGGGUGGGGGCCCAGGGAGUCUGGUCUGCAAGUCCCGGGCCUUGCCCUCAGGAAGCCACAGUUUGGGGCCCUUCCUUGGAUAUUGUCUAACUUCAGAUACCAAACACACAGCACACGUGCACCGCUCCUUGCACAUUGCCGAGGUCUUACAGGUGGCCAGGGGCCACCAACGUCACCAAGAUGCCUGUUAAUAGAGUCUGUGUCAUCCAGUGCCAUGGAUAAUGUCCGCUUCUGUGACACCCGGGGUUUGCAUGACGCCAGGGCCUGUAACGUGGGAGCGGGAAAGCCCAGCUUUGCGUGACGAGUGACCCUGCGGCACGCUUGGGUGAGAACCGGCCAGUCCCCUCCUGCGGCAGGCCCUGUCUUGCUUGCUGGCCAGUCUUCUGUCUGGGAAUAGGAGAGCGUUUCCUGCUCUCAGCCCAGUCUGUCCACAUAACUCAUCUGGCUGGGGCUUGGGGCUUGGGACUUGGGCGGCAGCAGACGGAGCCCCCAGCAGCAGCCCCGCUGGCCCCGUGUGCCCAGCUCUGGAGCAUACGUGGCUUUGCCCUUGGAGCAGCCACAGCACCAUGACUUUGAGGCUUCCCCCCGUGAAAGAACAGGAGGAGGCGCAGAGGUUCUCCUUCCUUUUCAUCCUGGUCACUGCUUGCCGCUGUUUAGCAAAUGUCCCAGCGUCAGUUCAGCCAUGCCAAGAACGUCAAAGUCUCCUCCAAGAAGAAGAGGCUUCCAGUCUGUCUGAUUCCUUCUCCUUCCCUCCUGUUUCCCAGGAUCUGCAGAAGUAAUCUGGAAUUGUGGAUACAGCUUGUGCUAAAAUUUCAUCCUGUAUAA